GGCCAAGCUGCGGCACUUCACCAAUGCUCUUAUGGAGAAACUCAUCGGCCCUCUGCAGGACAGGAUUGAGGAGUGGAAGAAGACCGCCGCCCUGCUGGACAAAGACCAUGCCAAAGAGUACAAGCGAUCCAGGCAGGAAAUUAAGAAGAAAUCCUCAGACACCUUGAAGCUGCAGAAGAAAGCCAGAAAAGAACACCCGGGAAGGGGAGGUCACAGCCCCAAGCUUCAGGAGCUGCCUGUGGUGAAUGGAGAGAUCGCCAUGCUGGGAGAGGUCACUCAUCUGCAGGCCAUUAUUGAUGACCUCACAGUACUGACCACCGAUCCACACAAACUGCCUGCUGCAAGUGAACAGGUCAUGGUGGACUUGAAGGGCUCUGAUUAUAACUGGUCUUACCAGACACCCCCAUCCUCCCCCAGCAGUGUGGGCUCCAGGAAGAGCAGCCUGUGCAGUUUGGUCCACCUGCCACCUGGUGGCGCCCACCGCCUCAGCAGUGUGUCAUCUCAUGACUCUGGCUUCAUCUCCCAGGAUGCCAACACCCACUCCAAGCCUCCCUCUCCCAUGCCCUCCGAUAUCACCAGCCAGAAGUCCUCCAGCUCUGCCUCGUCUGAGGCUUCUGAAGUGUGUCAGUCUGUCAGUGAGUGCAACUCCCCCACUGCGUUUGGCUCAUCCUUUGCUACCUUCCGUCCUGUUCACUCACUCACUGGCUCCAUGAGGCCUCUCUCUUUCAUACUUCCUGUGUCCCCUCAUAACUAUUCCCCCGGAUCAAACACCCCCUCACCCACAUCAAAGGUUCCUUGCUGGAAGGAUUGGGCCAAGUCAAAUUCCUAUGAGCUGUCCAAUGCCUAUGAGCCUCGUGCGGCCUCUCAGGCUCGGAGAAAUGACCCUAUCGAGAGGCUCAGGGAUGCGGAGAGCCCGUACAUGACCAGAGGGAAUGCUGGGAUACAUCAGGAGGAUCCUCAAAGGGCAAGGAUGAGCCCUGUUACCGUGGCACCCAAGCAUAUGAAGCCCAUGUGCGCAGCUGCGAGUGAGCUGGCCAUGGUGUUGACGCGCGGCUUGACUGUGGAGCAGCAGAAGAGCAGUCGCGACUCUCUGCAGUACUCCAGUGGAUACAGCACUCAAAACACCACACCAUCAUGCUCAGAGGAUACCAUACCAUCACAUGGUUCAGACUAUGACAGCUACUCCAUGAACGGUGACGCCGACGUCGACCCUCAGGCGGACUUUGACAAGUCCUGCACCGUCCCUCGCCAUAGCAACCUGGCUCAGAACUACCGGCGAAUGAUUCAGACCAAGAGGCCUGCCAGCACGGCUGGGCUCCUUGCAGGCAUGGGCACCAAAGUGGGCACGCCGCCCCAUGGCGCUGCCCCUCACGGCGCCUACUCCCACCCUCACAGCCCGUCUGAGACCAACGGGUCCGGGGGUGUCACUGUCAGUGGAAUGGUCAUUUCCUCAGGGACAGCCACCAUUCGUCGAACCCCGUCGACUAAAGCCGGGGUGAGGCGCACCCCGUCGAACGUCGGCCCCAUUCCCAUCCGGCCCCCAAUCGUCCCUGUCAAGACCCCCACCCUCCUGGACUCCCCAGGGUUCCCCCCUCCGCCCCCGGAGACCAACGGCAGUCUGGAGAGCCUGUAUGUCGACGACCUCCCGCCAGGAGCCCUGGCCUCGCCCAAGCGCCUGAGCCUGCCCACCCAGCCGUGGAGCUCUGCCGGCGGGUACGACCCCAGCCUGUACCCCCUGCAGCCCUCCGGUCUGGAUCUCCAGCAGCAGCAGCAUGAGGAGAUGCUCCUGGCCGCUAAUCGCCACACUCUGGUGGAGCAGAUCGGCGAGCUGGUGGCCAGCGCCCACGCCCUGGGUGAGGGACAGUUCCCCUUCCCCUCCCAGACAGAGGGGGCAGUAGCGAGUCAGAGCCAGAACCUGGGCCCCAGGGAGAAGAUGCUGGUCCCAGAAGGGGAGGACAUGCUGAAGACCAUCCGCAGGGGCGUGAGGCUGCGGAAGUCGGUGUGCAAUGACCGCUCGGCACCACGGGUCAUGCCCUAGACCCAACCAUGCAGGAGUUUAUGCCUUUGGCUCUUGACCACAAGCUAAGGCUGAAGAUUGGCUGCCUCUGUCUCAAAUGUGGGUUGGAUGGUUAUAUAGGUUUUUUCAGGGUACCUCUGCACUUACCGAACUGAUAUAGAUAAACUGAGUAAUGUGAGAGUAUUUCCAUCUGAUUUUGCAAGACCUUGACAGGAGCUGUUUGGGAGGUGAUGGCUGAAAACCUACAUACCCACAGUGGCCCAUUUGUAACAGAAAUGAUAUCUUUUCCCUAGUGGAGUGCUUGUAGAAAUAUAAUAUGAAGAGUUAGCUAUAAUUAACAAGAGUAACUGCAAACAGCUUAACUAAACUGACAAAUUAAAUAACCACUGAAUGACCGCGGUCACUGUAAUCUCCACGCAUAUGCUGUAUAUAUAUGGACAUGGAUAAACAGAGAUUUACAAGUGGAAUGUUCUCUAGAUGAGUCAGGUUGCCUGACCUCCAGGGACUGCUGAAGGUGGACACUGCCAGUAAAGUUUUGAUGUCAUCGCUUUUCGAUGAGGAUAUGAUGUCAGGGACUAUAUGAUGUCAUGAAUCCCUUGCCUGUGGAACUGUGUACAUGUGACAUGUCGGGAUUCACUGGUAUAUCACACAUGACGACUGCUGACAACCACAUUACACUAAAACACUACAACAAUAAAAAAUAAAAUAAAACAAAAACACAAACAUAACGCCAAAGCAUUUUGUUCUUUAACCUUUAGAUACAUUAAGCACAAAAUGGCUGACACAGCACUCAGUAGAAUGGACCCCAGAGGUGAGCCUCAUAAUUUAACACUGCCAAAUGAUCGGCUGGAUGUCUUAUAUUCCCUUUACACUAUGUACUGUCUUUCAUGUAGUCCUUUUGAGGAGAGUAUAAAUGUUUUUUUUGUUUUUUUUAAUUUUUGUUUGUUUCUUUUUCUACUGUGUAGUGUAUGUCAUUUUUUCGUCUCAUUGUUGGUAGUAGUAGUGGAUCAGGGUGAGGGGAGAGAAAGUAGAUGGGACUGGUUUCCCAUUUGCUAAGUUGCUCCAAGUUACUUACCCACUUAUAUGGACUCCACGGUGAGUACCAGAACUCAUGGUAAACCACGAGCUGUUGAAAAGAUGAAAAUGCAUGUCAAAUAAAAUAACAAGCCAUAUUGUAGUGUUUCUUGGUUUUUUUCUUGCUUGUUGAGCAAUGUAACAAUUAUAUUUCUAAUUUCAAUGAAA